AAAGAAAAACAGUUCAUUAGUAAAAGCAGUUUUAGGAAGUUAUAAAAUGUGCUUAUACUCCUCUCAUAUAUGUGAUUUGUAAGUUAGGAGUUUACUAUAUAAACUGAGCCAAAACCAUUGAAAUCUCUGGGCCCUAGCAGAAGGAAAAGCAAAAAUCUCUGCAGGGUUACUUUCAGAUCCUGGUGCAUGGGGCUGGAGGCUCAAGUGGUAGAGCACCUGCUUUGCAAGCACAAAGGAAGCCCUGAGUUCAAACUCCAGUCCUAUUGCACCCCUGCCAAAAAAAAAUCCUGGGGCACUUGGAUUUCUAUACAAAGAAUAAUAAUCCACUGAGGACAAAAUCAAAAGUAAGAAUUAGAAGUCAUAGAAAGAAAUAAUUUUCAUGAAGACCAGCUAGCUAUUCUGAUAAAUGGGAGAAUUGUUACCCCACAACUUCAGAUAAUAGAACAGUCUGAAAGAUACUAUGCCUUUAACAUGAUUAUGAAAAAUAAAGACACUAUCGUGAUGGAUAAGAAGAGUGAACAUUGUGAAGACUCCAUGUAUUGAUAUGAUAAAAUAUUUAGACCAUCUUUUAGAUCAUAAGAGAAGUGCCUUAUUUUUUUAUAGAAUCUGUAGUCUGGCUGAACCUAGAGGUACAUUGAUAACAACACAGUCCCAAAAGGAGAGAAGGCGUAUGCUUUUGCCCUCUGGUUCCUUUAUUUUUAGUCUUCUGAGGCAUAAUCAAAACAGCUCUAAAUCAGUGCAGGUGAUCUGCUAACUAGGUAUGGUAACUCUCAACACUUUCUCCUCCCUAUGCAGACAUUAUGAUCUCAAUCAACUGCUGGAGCCUCGAAGCAUAACUGCGGAUCCUUUGGACUACCGCCUAAGCUGGCACCUGUGGGAGGUGCUACGGGCUCUUAACUACACUCAUCUCUCAGAGCAAUGUGAGGGUGUGCUGCAAGCUAGUUACGCUGGCCAACUGGAAAACAAGGGGCUCUGGGAGUGGGCUGUCUUUGUCCUCCUGCAUAUUGAAAACUCAAGCAUACGUGAGAAGGCUGUUCGAGAGCUGCUUACCCGGCACUGCCAGCUGUUGGAAACCCCUGAGUCUUGGGCUAAGGAGACUUUCCUUAUUCAGAAGCUUUGUGUGCCUGCUGAGUGGAUUCAUGAGGCCAAAGCAGUACGAGCACACAUGGACUCUAAUAAGCACUUGGAGGCUCUCUAUUUGUUUAAAGCUGGUCACUGGAAUCGCUGCCACAAACUUAUCAUCCGGCACUUAGCUUCUGAUGCCAUCAUUAAUGAGAACUAUGACUUCCUGAAAGGUUUCUUGGAAGACCUGGCACCUCCAGAGCGCAGUAGCCUAAUUCAGGACUGGGAAACAUCUGGGCUUGUUUACCUGGACUAUAUUCAAGUCAUUGAAAUGCUCCACCACAUUCAGCAGGUGGAUUGCUCAGGUUAUGAACUAGAACAGUUACACACCAAAGUGACUUCACUGUGCAACCGGAUAGAGCAGAUCCAAUGUUAUAAUGCCAAGGAUCGCCUGGCUCAGUCAGACAUGGCCAAACGUGUAGCCAACUUACUGCGAGUGGUACUGAGCCUACAGCAUGCCCCCGAAACAACCUCUGAAUCAACGCCAGACCCUCAUCGAGUCCCUUUGCGCCUGUUGGCUCCCCAUAUUGGCCGGCUUCCCAUGCCUGAGGACUAUGCCUUGGAGGAACUGCGCAGCCUCACACAGUCUUAUCUUCGAGAACUGACUGUUGGGAGCCAGUGAGCUCCAGGCUCUUGCCACCACACUCACGUGCUCAUUCACACUCACCACAGCAAUCCCUGCAUCGUUUUGAUUGAUACUGUUUGCCAAUCUCUCGGUUGGCUAUGGAACCUACUCUUCCUUACUGCUGCCCCAAGCAGCAUCCUUCAUUUGUUCAGGGCUUUUCUUAAUACUGAACAUAGCAUAAGGGCUUCUGGAACCAAAAAAAAGGAGAUAAGUCUCCUUUUACCAUCCUCAAAACCAUUCAGGUUUUUUCUCUUUAAAAGAAAAAAGAAAAAAAAGGUCAAUAAAGCUCCUUUGGCAGAAUCC